GCAUCACACUUUAGAAUGGGUAGGGGUGCGCGCUCGAAGAAGAGCGGUCGCCCAGCUAUAAGGCGACAAUAUAAGCCAGACAACGAUGCGCUGGUGGUAGACCCCGAGUUGGUUGAGAAGUUUCGCAACACACGCCAACCGAUUCGCAAGUCUGCCUUGUACACGGAAAUAUUAAAGCAGAAGAAGGAUACCAAACGCUCCCGGCGUGAGCUUCGAGAGCAGGAACGCAAGGCACUAAAGGAUAGGGCCCCUGCAAAAGAGAUUCCAAAGACGAAGGAACGACUUCGUUAUCCUGAUGUAACCAUAGUUGAUGACAAAGAUGAUGCUGAAAUCGUUAAGGACGAAGCGGACGACGAAUUUUCUAGUUUCUUUAAGGAAAAAAAGAAUCCUAAAAUCCUCAUCACAACUGGGGAACAUCCGUGUUUCCGAACCAAGGAAAUGUUAAAGGAGUUGAGGUGGUUACUACCUCAUACAACCUACCGCCCACGAAAGUCGUACACCUUGAAAGAAAUUUCACAAUUUUGUAUUAAUCGAGAAUUUACCGACCUGAUCGUCAUAACGGACCGUCUGAAGCAGCCCUACAAUCUUAUAGUAUCACAUCUCCCCGAGGGACCAACCGCACUCUUUCGAAUUUCCAAUUUCCUAACCUAUAAGGAACUUGAAAAUCCGGCACCGCGAACGAAACAUUAUCCAGAGCUGAUUUUGAAGAACUUUGAUACUCGGUUAGGUCGACGCAUUUCCAGGAUGUUUGAAUGCUUGUUUCCUAGCACGCGAGAUUAUGCCGGUCGCGCGGUAGCAACCUUUCACAACCAGCGUGAUUACAUCUUUCUGCGUACACACCGGUACAUUUUCGAUAGCCUGGAGGCAGUGCGACUGCAGGAGAUGGGGCCGCGCUUCACGCUUCGGUUGCUAUCUUUGCAACUCAGCACUUUUGAUGCUCAAUUUGGUGAGUACGAGUGGUUUCGGAAGAAAGAGCACGAUUCGGAUAAACUGGAAUGGUAUUUGUAA